UUAUUUAUUUAUUUAUUUAAAAAAAAGAAGAAAUGAAAGAGAAACUGACUGGGUUGCUUCUCAAAGUGUCUCGUGACAUGAUGAGCAGGGACAAACUAGUUUUGCAAGGUGGUUUCAAAGUUUCCCAAACAAGCUUUUGGGUUCAGUCACAUACUCUGUGAUAUGAUGGGAAUACUUUAGACUGAACAGAACAGAAAUUACAUUUCAGUAUCAAGAAAGAACAUCCUCAAGUUAGCCUAAGCUGGUUUGAUUUGCAUUCAGAGAUGACCCAUGCCAAUCAUUAGAUAUGGUCAAGGUCUGUACUUUACCAGACUGUCUUUCCUGUUUGUCUAACACUAAGCCAUUACCCACAUCUACCCCCAUACACACAGAUAGUGUCAGAAGAGCCUGUUGAAACAAAACAAAUAUCAAGAUGGACCGUGGAUACGUGCCUAAACAUGAUCUACGGAUAGUCUUACUGGGACAGGCUGGCCCAUGGAAAGGCUUGGUCAGCAAGGACAUUAUGGGCCUGUGGUGCGAUGGGUCGAUGUGCUUGGAGCGAGAAGAAUCUGGCCGGACAGUCACCAUGGUGAUGACCCAAGGCUGGGACAGUGACUCAGAACACACAGGUGGUGGUGCAGUUGAACAGGAGGUCAUGAGAAGCGUGACCCUUUGUCCUCCAGGGCCGCACGCUCUCCUGCUGGCACUGCCCAUGGGGCCCGACGUGGGCAUCGCGAGGCGUGACGUGGAGAGGGCCCAACAGCACAUGAGCUUUCUGUCCGAGAGAGCCUGGAGACACACCGUGAUUGUGUUCAUCUGCACCUACAGAAUAAUGUCGGACAAGAUCUUGCUGGACAGACACAUUCUAGGGCAGCUUGUAAAUAAAUGCGGAGGAGGACAUUCUAUUAUCUUUGUGGACAGGCCCAAUUCUGAGCUCUUACAGAAGGUAGAUCAAAUGGCGGCAAGAAACAGACAACGUUUCCUUCAACACCAUGAGGUGAAAGGGCAGAGACCAACUAUGGAGGCAGAACUGCCUCCAGCCCUCAAUGAGAAUCUGAGGAACAGGAGGGGCAUUGGGUCACCAGGGCCACGACCAGGAACGACACGUGAUAGAGAGGUGCCACGGAAUGACCUUGUGGAUGGAAUAAAAUGUAUUUGUGGUGUGGUUUUAUUUACUGGUUGUUUUUCGUUUUGUUGGUUUGUUGUUGUGGUUGUUUGGCUGUAUGUAUGUAUGUUUGUUUGCUCAUGUAUGGUUCGUCUUGGGUCUAUCAUACGUGAUGGCUUUGAAAUACUUAGAAUGGGUGCAGGAUUCUACAAAUGGCCAGUUGUAUGUUUUUGUAUGUUAGGAAUAGUAGGUAGGCUACUUAGGCGUUAGGAAGUCCAGUGGUUUAAUAUUUGACAAUCCCUAACCCAGUCCAGAUGUAUCUGUAAUAAACAAAGACAUUGAAGAUUCUGUGUUUCAUUACUGAAAUAUGAUCAUUUUGAUUUUAUAAUGCAGACUGUUACAAAUCACUGAUAACACCAUAAUAACACCAUUCAAACCAGCCACACGUUCAACGGUUGCAGUCAGUUUACAGUUAUGUUCCCAUGUCCAAAUAUGUGAUCCUUAGGCCUAUUAAUUCACUGCCAUUAUACUAUUAAACAGUUAUUAUUAUU